UUCAGCACUGACUGACCAAUUAAAAAUAAAAAAAUUAAAUUGAUUAUUUAAAAGUAAAGAAAAAAUUUUUGUAUUUAAGAACAUUCACACAACGCCCUCUAAGCCAUCAUGGUGUACGACAUGACGCAUAUGGUGCCGUCACAAAGCAUCUCCUUGGGACGCUACUAUUUGCACGAUCUCAACGGUAGCGCCGAGAAUCACGAUUAUGUAUUGGACAUAGAUCGCCGCUUCCAAGCGCGCAUGGCUUGUGAGACAAUGCCACAGGCCUCGCCGCCACCGCCGCCUACACCAGCACCACGACGCCGCACAACACCUAUAGCGCACUUGGAUCCCUCCGAAUUAGUAGGUUUGACGCGUGAAGAGCGUCGUCGCCGGCGACGUGCCACACUGAAAUAUCGCACAGCACAUGCAACACGCGAACGUAUACGCGUGGAAGCGUUCAAUGUGAGCUUCGCUGAGUUGCGCAAGCUGCUGCCCACUUUGCCACCGGAUAAGAAGUUGUCUAAAAUAGAAAUUCUCAAACUAGCUAUAUGCUAUAUAGCGUAUUUGAAUCAUGUGCUGGAAACACCAUAAGACAUGUAGCAAUUGUCAUGUAAAAUUUUA